UACUCCGCGAAGGAGUUCUCGCGAGUUGCGAGAAGACACGUGCGCGGAAGGAGCAAGCGAUAGCUGGCAGCAGAACUGGAAUAAAGGGACCUAGUAGUGAUUUAGGUAGCAAUUGCCAUCAUGCUGAAAGCUGUGAUCCUGAUCGGAGGCCCUCAGAAGGGGACUCGCUUCAGGCCUUUGUCUUUUGAGGUGCCCAAACCCCUGUUUCCAGUGGCAGGGGUUCCUAUGAUCCAGCACCACAUUGAGGCUUGUGCCCAGGUCCCUGGGAUGCAGGAGAUUCUGCUCAUUGGUUUCUACCAACCUGACGAGCCCCUUACCCGGUUUCUGGAGGCUGCCCAGCAGGAGUUUAACCUUCCAGUCAGGUACCUGCAGGAAUUUGCACCCCUGGGCACAGGGGGUGGUCUCUACCAUUUCCGGGACCAGAUCCUGGCUGGGGGCCCUGAGGCCUUCUUCGUGCUCAACGCUGAUGUCUGCUCUGACUUCCCCUUGAGUGCUAUGUUGGAUGCCUACAGACGCCAGCCUCACCCUUUCUUGCUCCUUGGCACCACGGCUAACAGGACACAAUCCCUCAACUAUGGCUGCAUUGUAGAGAAUUCACAGACACACGAGGUCCUGCACUAUGUGGAGAAACCCAGCACUUUUGUUAGUGACAUCAUCAACUGCGGCAUCUACCUCUUUUCCCCAGAAGCCCUGAAGCCCCUUCGGGAUGUCUUCCAGCGUAACCAGCAGGACGGGCAACUCUGUCUUCCUCUGGGGGAGGACUCUUCAGGCCUGUGGCGGGGGGCAGGCACCAUCCGCCUGGAGCAAGAUGUGUUCUCGGCCCUGGCCGGACAGGGCCAGAUCUAUGUACACCUCACCGAUGGUAUGUGGAGCCAGAUCAAGUCCGCAGGCUCAGCCCUCUACGCCUCCCGCCUCUACCUGGGCCAGUACCAGCUCACUCAUCCAGAACGCCUGGCCAAGCACACCCCAGGCGGUCCACGAAUCCGAGAUUCAGAGGUGAAGACUCAAUCUGUGCUCUGGUUUAGGGGAUUUGCCCCCAGGUCUUCUCUUCUGCUUCUAGGAAAUGUUUACAUCCACCCAACUGCCAAGGUGGCCCCUUCAGCUGUGCUGGGCCCCAAUGUCUCCAUCGGGGAGGGAGUGACCGUGGGCGAGGGCGUUCGGCUCCGAGAAAGCAUUGUCCUUCAUGGAGCCACGUUGCAGGAGCACACAUGUGUUCUGCACACCAUUGUGGGCUGGGGGAGCACUGUGGGGCGCUGGGCCCGUGUGGAAGGUACCCCCAAUGACCCCAAUCCCAACGACCCCCGAGCGCACAUGGACAGUGAGAGCCUCUUCAAGGACGGGAAGCUGCUGCCGGCCAUCACCAUCCUAGGCUGCCGCGUCCGGAUCCCUGCUGAGGUGCUCAUCCUGAACUCGAUUGUUCUGCCACACAAGGAGCUGAGUCGCAGCUUCACCAACCAGAUCAUCCUCUGAGGGGGGCUGCCCGAAGGCACCCCCCCAACUCCUGCCCACCCUCCUCGAGGCUACUGCCUGCACUAUCCAAAAGGACCGGAGGAAUCCAGGCAGGGUCUUCGCUUGUCGGGAGCAACGUGGGUGGCCGGGGAGACUCCCGGCCUCCCUCUCCACUCCCUAAUAAACCCCAGUGAACCUUGGAGCCA